AUCUUUCUCUUGGUGGUAGUUUUUUUCCGUUCUUGUAGUAAAUCUCGACAUGCGCACUCGACGAGUUUAGUGAGGGAAAACAAAAAUGGCGGAAGAACAGGAGCUACUGCAGUUGGAGAGUCUCUGUAAACAGCUUUAUGAGACGGCAGACACAAACCUACGUACAGAGGCAGAGAAGGCCCUGGUCGCCUUUGCCAAUACUCCUGACUGUUUGAGUAAAUGUCAGUUGCUACUAGAACGAGGAAACUCCCCAUAUGCACAACUACUGGCUGCCACUACCCUGACCAAACUUGUUAGUCGAAUCAAUAUUACACUGCCGCUUGAACAAAGAAUUGACAUAAGAAAUUAUAUACUAAACUACUUGGCUACCAGACCUAAAUUAGUACACUAUGUUUUACAAGCUCUUGUACAGUUAUUUUCUAGAAUUACAAAGCUUGGUUGGUACGAUGUCAUCAAAGAUGAGUAUGUAUUUAGAAAUGUUGUCACAGAUGUUGGCAAGUUUAUACAGAGCGGGUCAACACAACACGUUAUGAUAGGUGUACAGUUGUUGUCACAACUUGUCGUUGAAAUGAACAGAGUCACUGAGGCUGAAGCAAGUCGUUCCCUGACCAAGCACAGAAAGAUCGCCUCUUCAUUUAGAGAUACUCAACUGUUUGAAAUAUUUCAACUGGCAUGCUCACUUCUUAGAACAGCUGCAGGAAAUAUCAAAACACUCGACUUUUCUGAUGAAAACCAGCAUGGUUUACUGUUACAUUCCCUCCGACUGGCCCACAACUGCUUGACGUUUGAUUUUAUUGGUACAUCUACAGACGAGUCAUCAGAUGAUCUCUGUACUGUACAGAUUCCAACCAGUUGGAGAACAGCAUUUCUUGACAUUUCUACGCUUCAGUUAUUUUUCAAUUUAUAUUCUGGCCUUCCAUCAUCAUUAUCACCAAUGGCAUUAUCAUGUUUAGUACAGAUAGCAUCUGUGAGACGUUCAUUGUUUAACAAUGCCGAGCGUGCCAAGUUUCUCAAUCACAUAGUGACUGGUGUAAAAGACAUUUUAGAAAACCCGCAAAUGCAGGGCUUGUCUGAUCCUAGUAAUUAUCACGAGUUCUGUAGAUUACUGGCACGGCUGAAGUCGAACUAUCAGCUGGGAGAGUUAGUGAAAGUAGACAACUAUCAAACAGUGAUAAAACUUAUAGCAGAAUUUACUGUGACUAGUUUACAGAUGUGGCAGUUUGCGCCCAACAGUGUUCAUUAUUUACUAAGUCUAUGGCAAAGAAUGGUUGCAUCAGUACCCUAUGUGAAGGCAACAGAACCACACAUGUUAGAAACAUAUACUCCUGAAGUUACCAAAGCUUAUAUCACGUCUAGAUUAGAAUCUGUACAUGUAGUUGUCAGAGACGGAUUAGAAGAUCCACUAGAUGAUCAUGGUGUAAUAUCUCAACAACUGGAACAGAAACAUGUGGCGUUACUCGUACGAUUGUUUGACGAGUCGGCACAGAGAUACCAGGAAUUAAUUUCGUCAUCAGGAACACAGAGUGCGGACAUUGCUGUCCAAGAAGGGCGUUUAACGUGGCUUGUGUACAUCAUAGGCUCGGUGAUAGGUGGUCGUGUAGCGUUUGCUAGUACAGAUGAACAUGAUGCCAUGGAUGGGGAAUUAGUAUGCAGGGUAUUACAGCUGAUGAAUCUAACAGAUUCUAGGUUAUCACAGAGUGGCUGUGAGAAGUUAGAUCUGGCAAUCCUCAGCUUCUUCGAACAAUUCAAAAAGAUUUAUGUCGGUGACCAAGUGCAGAAAUCUUCAAAGGUUUACAGACGUCUUUCAGAAGUUCUUGGAUUAAAUGAUGAAUCUAUGGUACUGAGUGUGUUCAUUGGAAAAAUAAUCACAAAUUUGAAGUUUUGGGGACGAAGUGAACAGAUAAUAUCAAAAACGCUGCAGUUACUCAGUGACUUGUCGGUGGGAUAUAGUAGCGUUAGAAAACUAGUCAAGUUAGAAGCUGUCCAGUUUAUGCUCAAUAAUCAUACUAGCGAUCAUUUUCCAUUCCUUGGUAUCAAUGCUGGUAACAGUCCAAUGACAGAUAUGCGAUGUAGAACAACAUUCUAUAUCGCACUUGGCAGACUGUUAAUGGUGGAUCUUGGAGAAGAUGAAGAGAGAUUUGAACAAUUUAUGAUGCCUUUAGCUGUAUUUGAUAAAGUGAACAAUAUGCUUGCCAAUGCAGAUACACCAAUCAAAGUAGAGGAAGCAAAAAGAUCUCUGAUUGGUUUAGCUCGUGAUUUACGUGGAGUAGCGUUUGCAUUUAACACAAAGACUAGCUACAUGUUAUUAUUUGAUUGGCUGUAUCCAAACUACACGCCGGUCUUACAUCGUGCAAUAGAAAUCUGGUACAACGAGCCCAGUGUUACAACACCUGUACUGAAACUAAUGGCAGAACUAGCCCAGAGUAGAGCUCAGAGACUUCAGUUUGAUGUUUCCUCACCAAAUGGCAUCUUACUAUUCAGGGAAGUUAGUAAAAUGAUAGUUAGUUAUGGGUCCAGAAUAUUAACUCUUGGAGAAAUCCCAAAGGAUCGAAUUUAUCCAAUGAAAUUAAAAGGUAUAUCAAUAUGUUUUUCAAUGUUACGAGCAGCUCUAUGUGGUAACUAUGUCAAUUUUGGUGUGUUCCGUCUCUAUGGUGAUGACGCCCUAGACAACGCACUUGCUGUCUUUGUCAAGUUACUCCUUUCCAUUUCACAGACUGAUUUACUGGAUUACCCGAAGCUGAGUCAGAACUACUAUGGUUUACUAGAAAGUCUCGCCCAAGAUCAUAUGACAUUUAUCAGUAAUUUAGAACCUCAGGUGUUUCUCUAUAUACUCUCAACCAUUUCAGAAGGUCUUACUGCACUAGAUACGAUGGUAUGCACAGGUUGUUGUGCUACACUAGACAACAUUAUAACUUACUUGUUUAGAAAAUUAACGAGUAAGAAAAAGAAGAGUUCAGCCAGCAAUUUGCCUGAUAGCGAAGCAUUCCUGAGAAUCCUAGAAUUACAUCCUGAAAUAUUGCAACAGAUGUUACAGACUGUGUUAAACAUUAUUAUGUUUGAAGACUGCCGUAACCAAUGGUCAAUGUCAAGGCCGCUGUUGGGUCUUAUUCUUCUAAAUGAGGAGUAUUUUAACAAGUUACGAGAGAGUAUAAUCUCCAGUCAGCCGCAGGAUAAACAACCAACUAUGGCCCAGUGCUUUGAUAGUCUCAUGGAAGGCAUUGAGCGAUCAUUGGUCACCAAGAACCGAGAUCGAUUCACACAGAAUUUGUCCCUGUUCAGACGAGACGUAAAUGACUCUUUAAAAGCAACCGGUAACAACAGUCCUUCAACCUCACAGUCAUCCCUGGAUAUGAUGAACUUGUAGCAUAAACUGAUGUCUAAAGUCGUCGUUAUCAUCCGGAACAGCGCAGCAACACGCACUUCCCCUAGUAUACAUACACGUAGUUUGAACUAUUCACACUGCCUAUAUGUCCAGCUUGGAAUCAUCAGCAUCAUUUCACGUGAUGAAAUUACCAGUGAUCUCGUCAUUAAAGAAAUCAUCACAAUCAUCUUGUUCACCCUACAAAUCAUUACCAUUAUAAAUUGUUGUUUCAUGGCAUCAUUGUAGAGCUUUGAUGUCAUAGUGUCACUUUAUGACAUCAUCGUUGAGUUAUGAUGAUGUAAUGUUGUUUGCAUUUUGGACCUUGUUUGCCAAGUUGUAAUGUCAUAUUGUUGCUUUAUGACCUAAUUGUUUAAUUGUGAUGUCAUAGUUUUGCUCUAUGGCCUCAUUGCCAAGUUAAGAUGCCAUUUAAUAGCAUUAUGACCUCUUUGUCAGAUAAAUACUUUAUGACAUCAAAGGCUUGUUGUGAUGUAAUAUUAUUGGUUUAUGACCUCACAGGCAAGUUGUUACGCAUAUUGUUACUUAAUGACAUUCAGAUAAAGUUAUGAUGUCAUAUUGUUGCUCUAUGGUCUCCUUGCCAAGUUGUGAUGUAAUAUGGAGGCCUUAUGACAUCAUAAGCAAGUUAUGAUGUCAUAUUUUGUUUUAUGACCUCAUUGCCAAGUGGUGAUGUCAUUUUGUCAUUUCACAGGCAAAUUGUUAUGUCAUAUUGUGGCUUUAUGAUUUCUUGGUCAAGGUUAAUUUUCAUACUGAGGCUUUAUGACAUCAUUGUUCAUGUCGUUUUGUUUUGACAUCAUUGUCAGAUUGUGAUGUCAUCUUGUGUCAUGGUAUAAUUGUCAAGUUGUGAUGUCACAUUAUGACAUCAUUGUGUAUCCGCCAUGAAGAGAUUUUCUCAUUUUUACUUUUGGUGCAUUUUUUGGAGACUUCAGAGUUCAUAGGAUUGGACCAAAGUGGAUGGAACAUACACAAACUUUUUUUAUUUUGGACAUGGGCUCAAUAUAAUUGAAGUCGGGGGUCAAUGGUUAAAAAAAUUGUUCUGAAGAUUUGUCAUUGGUUAGUUUUGAAAUCUGUGUUUGUAAUUAGACCAAUCAGAUACUUCUGUUUUAAACAGGUAUUUUUAAAUUAUGUGUUUUUGUAGUUUAAUAUAUGGGAAAAUGGUGAAUGGUUACUACAGAACUUUAGGAUUAUAAUAUCAACACAGUGCAGGAACAGGUUAACUCCUUACAUAAUUAAAUAGGAGUAAACCUGUUACUGCACUACAGUGAUGAUAUGUGACUGGAACUUUCUCUAGGAAGAAGUGACAAUAAAUCUAUAUGAAUAUAGACACAAAAAUACAUUGUAGCUACUGUAUCAAUUAUUUUCUCUGUUUUAGGUCAAUUGAAUUACUGAUGCAUGCAUGAUUGUGCGGACAGUUGAUUUGAUUGAGUAUAAAAAGUUAAUACAUGAUUGUGUCUUAUUGUUUGAUAUACAUGUAGAUAUAGAAAGGAAUCGGGAUGAAGUUAAAUUUCUGAUUUUGUUUGUGUAAACAAUGAAUGGUGCAAUUAAUGUUAUAUACAUGUACUUCGAUGUGAAUAACGACCUUAAGUCCUGUUUGUUUUUGUAAAUAUUUUUUGAUACUUUGUAAAUGAAAUAAUCGAAUUGUGUUUUAAAGAAAAUGUUAGAAAUUUUCAAACGUGAUUUCUUGUGGUACAUUUAGUACAUGAUUUAGGAUUUUGAAUCUUUUGAAUGCUACAACCAAAAGUAAACCAGAGUCGUUUCCACCAGGAUAUAGCUGGGCCAGUCUGCAGUUGAUGGGACUGUGGACUGAUUUGCGACCUGCUUCAAAUUAUCAGCUUGGUAUCCCUAAAAUUGAUAAUGGACAAUGCCAAGAAUAGAAACCGGACAAGUCCAUUUUAAAAAUUCCUACGGGAUAAGGAAAAAAAGCAAAUGUUAUUUUCAGUUUUAAAUUUGAUUUUCUUGAAAUAUUUUGGUUCAUAUGGAGGCAUACAGCAUUAGUAUUCUGGUGGAAUGUAUCUUUUAAGAUUGUUAUUACUGAUCGUAGUGUUUAUAGUAUAUCUGGUCAUUAAAAUAUAAUGGAAAUAUAGACAAGAUUUUGACCAUUAAUGAUUAUACAAAACUUUACUGUUACAUGAAAUUUUUAUGAUAUUCUAUUUGUUAUAAGAUGGUUUGUUCGAUCAAUUUUAUAGAAGGGACUUCACAUUUCUUUAAAAGGUUAAUGUUUUAAACCUAUAGGCAAAAUACUGGAACAAAUUUAAACAUUUAUCUACUUAGCUUAUUUGUAAAUCAGAUAUAUUUAUCCAGUGCCUGUAAAGAAAAAUUGUUGAAUUUGUUUUGUUUGUUUAACCCUUUAAAAAAUUACUUUUUUUAUUCUGUUUGUGUGAAGAUGCCCCACAUAAUCAAGGGUAUAGAGUAAUAACAUGUUUUAGGCAGCCAGGUUUUUUACCUGUACCUUACAUUUUGUGAAAUAUCUAUAUGCAAGUAACUUUCGGUAAGUUAAGUUAUACGAAUUAAUGCUUCCCUGAAAGGGUUAAUU